AUAAUAAUAACAAUAUUAAUUAUAAUAAUAGUACUCAACAGCAGCAGCAGCUUGUGUGCUCUCAGAACCUCACUCGCAACCAUUCAACUAUUGAUUCUCAAUCAUCCAUUUGUGGUACAGCUACUGUUGGAAGCCCAGUGUCUGCUAAUAAACCAAACGGCGGCAGAGGAAGUGAAGGCAAAGGAGGGACCACGUGCGGUUCCUCAUCACGUGAGGCGUCCGAUGAGGAUGACGAGGCAGGUCCAUGUGAAGAAAGCACAAACCCUAUUGAUAUGAAGCGCCUCAGAAGGAAGGUUUCUAAUCGCGAGUCUGCUCGGAGGUCUAGAAGAAGGAAGCAAGCUUAUUUGACUGACCUUGAGUCGCAGGUUGAACAGCUGAGGUUGGAAAAUGCAACCCUGUACAAACAGCUUACAGAUGCUAGCCAACACUUUCGUGAUGCUGAUACAAAUAACCGAGUUCUUAAAUCAGAUGUUGAAGCUUUGAGAGCUAAGGUGAAAUUAGCGGAGGACAUGGUUGCUCGAAGCUCUUUCACUAAUCUGAACAACCAGCUAAUCCAGAAUCAGCGGGGUCAGAUGAACACCAACAAUAAUUUGCGGCGCGUGGCACAUGUUUCGCCAACCAUUACUGUCCAUGGAAAUGACUCCUCAUAUGGAAGCUGCAUCACUAGUGUUGAUGGACAAAACUCAGCCCAUCUUGGAGGACUUGCCAGAAACUUGGACAUAACUAAUAAUAAUAAUAAUAAUAACAACAAUAACAACUAUAGUGAUUAUAAUGCAGUCAUAAGCGAUGCUGUAAGCUCUGUCACUAACUUAUGGCCGUGAUGAGUUUGUGCUUAAUAAAUGUUUCUAGACAAAAGUAGUUAUUUUACUACUGACAUUACGUAAUUGGAUGCAUGUAAAAUUAUAUAGUUAUCUCUUUUUCCAAAUAGUUUUGUGUUGAGAUAAUUAAUUAGCAAAUAGAACUUUAAGAGUUUCGACCAUCCAUACUCUCUUGUAGUAAUGAAACUAGUUACAUCCAAAUUAAUGUUUGCCUUUGUCCAA